CAGAAACUACAUCUCCCAUUAUGCUUUGCGCAAGACAGGAAAUACGUCAUCACGUUGCUAGAACCUUCAGCUGUCAGACUUUGGCCAACCCAGUGCAGAUUUUGUUAGCAAAGUAUAACGAUUUAAAGUUGUGCAUUCGUCUGAUGAUCGAUUGUUGAGCGCGUGAGUUGAUUAAUAGUGUACCAAGCUUGCACGAGAGCAACCCUCCUGGCUUUAAUCGCUGCUAGUUCUUGCACCGCAAGCAAGCGAUCCUGAGCGGGUGUAAGGGUAGAUGCAGGGAGGGAGGGAGUAAAAAAAGGCAAAAGUCUUUGUGCUUCCCUUCCCCCUCAUCAAAGCAAAGGGGAAAUGUCUCUAUCCAAAGGAGGGAAGAAGAAGAGCCAUGGGCUGAGGCUGGCCACAGAAGUGUUUAGGCCUCCCCCCCCUGCGGCUACAGCGCCCCCUCGAGAUCUUGACUCUAAGGCUUGUGUGACAAUUGGAGAUCAGAACUUUGUGGUAAAGGCAGAUGACUUGGAGCAGAUAGAAGAACUGGGUAGGGGAGCGUAUGGAGUGGUGGACAAGAUGAAGCAUGUGCCCAGUGGUGUUAUCAUGGCUGUGAAGAGGAUCCGUGCCACUGUCAACACUCUGGAGCAGAAGAGGCUUCUGAUGGACCUGGACAUCUCCAUGAGGACUGUGGACUGCUUCUACACCGUGACCUUCUAUGGUGCCCUUUUUAGAGAGGGUGAUGUUUGGAUCUGUAUGGAACUGAUGGACACGUCUUUGGAUAAGUUCUAUAAGAAAGUUAUUGAAAAAGGCAAAACCAUUCCUGAGGACAUCUUGGGCAAGAUCGCAGUCGCAAUUGUCAAAGCCUUGGAGCAUCUCCACAGAAACCUAUCUGUGAUACAUCGAGAUGUGAAGCCCUCCAAUGUCCUGAUCAACACUCAGGGCCAAGUGAAAAUGUGCGACUUUGGCAUCAGUGGUCAUUUGGUGGACUCUGUGGCCAAAACGAUGGAUGCAGGAUGCAAGCCCUACAUGGCGCCUGAGCGGAUCAACCCGGACCUCAACCAGCAGGGCUACAGUGUCAAGUCAGACAUUUGGAGUCUCGGAAUCACUAUGAUUGAGCUGGCCAUUCUGAAGUUCCCCUACGACUCAUGGGGCACUCCGUUCCAGCAGCUUAAACAGGUGGUGGAUGAGCCGUCUCCUCAGCUGCCUGCAGAUCGUUUCUCUCCUGAGUUUGUAGACUUCAUAUCUCAGUGCUUAAGAAAGAAGCCAAAUGAAAGACCAGCAUACACAGAAUUAAUGGAUCAUUCAUUUUUCACCUUACACGACUCCAAAGAGACAGACGUGGCCAGUUUUGUCAAGGUCAUCUUGGAUGACUGAUGGGCUCCCCCCAGGCUCCUCCUCGUUAGUGUGGGCGGGACCUGUCAGCAAACAAACCAAUGGCCCUACUUUUUUUUUUCUUUCUUUUUUUUACUCACUGGAAUGAUAGACUCUUAUGCACCCUCACAAAAUAGGGGAAUGACCUAAAGACUGACAGCAGCCCAGCAGCACUGGAGUGUAAGAGCGAAAAUAAUAUGAACUUGUAUGGUCAACUGGAAAGGUUUGAUUCACUCCUCCAAGCCUCAUGUGUGAGCAGUUAUCCCACAUGACAAAUAUGAACUGAACCUAAUUAGCUGUUUGUCUUGUUCUGUUUUUGCCCCCCUCCCCUCUUAUCUCUCUUCACCAUAGAAAGAGCCAGCCGUUGUUUGUUUGUGACACAACUUGUUUGCAAAGGUUGAAUUUAAUCUGCAAAACCGACAGUUCAUGUAUAUUUUGUUGUGUACUGAAAGCUAUAUUUGCAUAUCUGUUUGUAUGUCUUCUCGUUAUACAGAGUUUUGAUACUGUAUUGCGUUGAUGCGUGUGAAUAUUUUCCAGACAAGAGCCUUUUUGUCAGAUCACAUCAGGUUUGAUCUGUUUCUGCCCCGAUGCGAUUGGUCAGUUCAGGAGCUGUAGUUGCUGUAGGCCAGCCUGUGGGAGGCUCUGGAACUGAGACAAAACAUGUUAGAAAUGUCAAAGGUCACUUUUUGGGCAGGAGGAGUCAUUCCUAGAGCUCUUGGUUGUGUGAGACAGGAAUGUCAUGCAUCCUGUAUCAUUAGAGAUCGGAGGCGUUGCCCUCCAUGCCAUGACCACUCUGUAUUCUUCUUUAGUGGUAUAAAGAGUCGGCUCCAGUGUUGUGAUUAGUACCUGGAAGUAUUCAGGGGUUGCCUAAUCAAGUGGAAAGCUUUAUCUAUUUCUAUGUGCCAUUUUGAAAGCUGCGCUCAUUUAUUACUGCAUUAAUUGCUUCUUUUUUCCCUUUCUUUUGGACUCUUUUCUUCCUGCAUUAUGAUUUUAUCUCAGCAACAUUUAAUUCGCCACUUUUUGCUCAUUUUCUCCAAUACAAUUACAGUAUAGUCUUUUUCUGAGAGGCACUUCUAUUUUUUUCUUUGUCUAAGAGAUCUUAUUUUUCCUUACAGAUACCAUAUGUUAGGGAAAUAAUUUAUGUGAAGAUGUAAAUAUUAUCUACUUUUUUAUGUAAUAUGGCACUGUCCCGACUUGUCCCAGUGCAGCUGAACGGUAGAGUGGUUGGUAAUGGUUUUAAUGCAGUGUGACACAUGCACACAGGGCCAACUGACCAUCAUACACCUAUUUUGGACUGAUAUGCUGUCAGGCUCCACUGCUCAGGUUUCUAGUGCUAUUCAAUACAGUAUGCAGAGACAACCCCAUUUCUUUUCCCUGUUUUCUCCCAGCUCCUGCUUUUUUUUUCUUCUAAGUCUUAGACCAAGAUCUUCUUUUUAGUCCGCAUCAGGCAGCAGAUGUCUCUUCUGUCUCGCCACACUAUGCAGACCCCCACGAGGCCGUUGUCCGACUCCCAAGUGUUCAGAGACUGACGGUGGCGGUCAUUGCCUCUCUGACUUACACUGUAGUGCUACCUUUUUAUCAAAAGUCAGAUGUAUUUAUGAUUGUGAAAUUAUAAGGGAAAGCUAGAAACACCACAAAGAAGCUGCUGUUCAUUUCUUUUCUCUCUUUUUCCAGUGGGCCUUCUUUGGAUGGCCAUUCCCUUAGUGUGUAAAAGAAAGUUUUUACACUUAUCACAACAAGAAUGGAACACUUGCUCUACCUCUUACUCCUUCACUCUAUUCACCACCUUGUCACUGGGUGGGACUGACAAACUUGAACCAUGGAAAGACAAAAAAAUAAAGGCUUUAUUGUUCAUUAUGUCUGACAGAAGCGUUCGUUGUUCUUGCUUAAAAAUAAUUAACAGAUUGGUGUGUAUCUUAAAUUUGUUUAUACAGGAUGGAUCCACAGUUUUAGUUCAGCUUUUUGAAAAUUAAAAUGAUUACAUUUGAAACCAUUCCCUCUACUGUAUGUUAUUCCCUCUGCUUAAUACAGUAUGUAUUUGAGGAUUGUCCUUAAUCUAAGUUAAUUCUUA